UUCACAAAUCGAAAGAUCGGCGAGAAAGACGGCGAAGCGAGGAAGGGAAGGAUGUGGGAGAGCUGCCGUUAGACCCUUGUGAAGAAAACACGGGAAUUGUUUCUGCGUCCACAUCCUGAGGAAACGCGUUCACCGCAAAGCCGGAGUAAAGAUGGGGAACCGCGCAGCUCGCGAGGAUUUCGAGUGGGUUUACACCGAUCAGCCUCACGCCGACCGCAGGAAAGAGAUCCUGGCUAAAUACCCAGAGAUCAAGUCUCUGAUGGGACCCGACCCCAGACUCAAAUGGAUCGUCUGCACGAUGGUCGCCGUCCAGUUUUUGGCCUUCUAUCUGGUGAAGGACCUGUCGUGGAAGUGGGUCAUGUUCUGGACGUACGUGUUCGGGAGUUGCAUAAACCAUUCAAUGACUCUCGCCAUUCACGAGAUCUCGCACAACACGGCUUUCGGGAACAACCGCGCCCGAUGGAACCGCUGGUUCGCCAUCUUCGCCAACCUGCCCAUCGGCCUGCCCUACUCAGCCUCCUUUAAGCGCUACCACCUGGACCACCACCGCUACCUGGGUGGAGACGGCGUGGACGUGGACAUCCCUACAGAUUUCGAGGGCUGGUUCUUCUGCACCCGUUUGCGCAAGCUCUUCUGGAUCAUGUUCCAGCCGCUCUUCUACGCCAUCCGCCCCCUCUGCAUCAACCCCAAGCCCAUCAGCCAGCUGGAGCUCCUGAACGUGGCCGUUCAGCUGGCCUUCAACGCUCUGCUCUACUGGGCCUGGGGCGCCAAGCCCCUGGUCUACAUGAUGAUGGGCUCCAUGCUAGGAAUGGGUCUGCAUCCCAUCUCAGGACACUUCAUCGCAGAACAUUACAUGUUCCUCAAAGGCCACGAGACCUACUCUUAUUACGGGUCCCUCAACCUGCUGACUUUCAACGUCGGGUACCACAACGAGCACCAUGACUUCCCCAGCAUCCCGGGACGCCGACUGCCCCUGGUGAAGGAGAUCGCAGCGGAGUACUACAGAGACCUGCCCUGCUACACGUCCUGGGUCAAGGUCCUCUACGACUUCAUCAUGGACGAUGAACUGAGUCCGUACUCUCGUGUGAAGAGACGGCUGACCGGAGAGGUCAAGCAGGAGUGACCAAACCGCUGACCCUUCGCCUGCCAGAGCGCCAAGCAGCCGCUAGCCGUUUUUAGCCGCCUGUGACGCAAACGACAUUUCCAUGUUACUUUUUGGCUUUUAGCAAGUGCUCUGACAAAUUUUAAGUGUGAACCAAAACCUUUGACCUCCUCUGUUGCACAUGGUCUGAAGAUCCAGACGCUUUUAUUAGAGUUUAAAGGAACCGCCACGUUCUGCACUAGAUCUGAUCCAGCAGGUCCGGUUCCACGGCUUUUCUGUGUGAAUGACGCUGGCAGAGACGGGAAAGCUCCGUACGAGUUCAGUGUGCUGUCAAACCAUUCAUUUUAUGUAAUACAUCGCUGUAUACUGUGUAUAUUUAAUAUGCAUAUAUAAAGACACGCAUAAAGCAUA